AUGGCAGAGGCGGCUGAAAGAGAAAGCUGCCUCUUCCUGUCCGAAUGGGAGGCAGCCCGCAGAGAAAACCACGCGAUUCGAAGGAAAUACACCGAAGGUGAACUUUGCCGACAGCAGCUGCAGCUUCAGAGCGCAUUGACCUCCAUCAAGUCGUGGCUGGCAGUGGUGGAAACGAGGCAACGGCUGCACCAAGUGGCCUUCAACGCCGCGGUGCAGGCGCUGGAUGAGUUGGACAGUCGUUGGCGUCCGCUGCGCCUGGAGCCCGACGCCGCGCCGGCCGCGUGGCUCGUGGCCUCCGAACGCCACGCGCUGCAAGGGUUGACCAAGUGCUGGGCAACCGCAGCACCAGAGGGCGGGCAGAACCUUAUACAGCGGUUUCAAACUUUGUCUGAUCACUUGUCCUCACAAGUUGUUUCCGCCAUCCGUCUCUGGGAUGAAUCCCAUCAAGCUGCGGAGCAAGCGUGGCAAAAUCAUCACGAGCGCGUGGAAGAAGCUGCACGGGCCAUUGCUCAAGAACGAGCACCACCGGACUCGUGGCUGAGUGAGGUGCAAUAUCGCGAGCGUGCGCGCAAGCACGUGACCGAUCAGGCGGCUGCAGAUGAACUGCUGCUGUCCACGGCUCAGCAGCUGGCUACAUUGGAGGCCCAACGUGUCGAGUACUGGAAGUCCUUCGCCGAGUCCUAUCGCAGCUGUUGUGGGCAGCAAGGUGUUGUAUUACAGGAUGAGGCUCCUGGCAUGGUCUCAAACAGCUUUCAAGCGCCUCAGAUGCCGGUGUUGCCUGACAUGCCAACCGCCUUUGGUGCCGUGCUCCAGCGUGUGAGUGCUGCCAUGAUGGCCCCCAGUGGGCUCUUUGGGCGUGGGAGUGAUUGGAGGGAAGGGGCAACCUUAGUUUUGACCAUCCACGGCUACCUGCACCUCUUCCUCCCCGACCCCAAGGACCCCAAGGGUGCCAAAACGGCCGCAGAUGGUGAUGACACGCCGUUGGAGCUAGUGGAGGCUGACGUCAAGGCCUCGGUCUAUGCACCAAGGGCCACGAAGUGCGUCUUCCAACGCAGGGGGCAGGAGCUGGUGCUGGACCUGGCAGAGGCCUCAGCCGACCCCGGCGACGGCACCGGCACGGCCAGCGUUGGCGAGGCCAGUGGCAGCUCCACGGGCUGGCGGAAGUGGUUUGCGAAGGCGGAGAAGACGGAGCCCCUGAGGCGGAUCCAUGCGAAAAUGUCGGACCCGCAGCAGUUUGUGGAGCUGGAGAACCACUGCCACAACUUCGUUCGACGGGGACAAGCCCUUCGGAGUGCCAGUGGAUCACCAACUGCUGGAUAUGGAGCAAAGAACUCCAGUUGA